AUGUUCAAAAAAGUGUCGGGCCUCGUGAGCACGAUAUGGGAUUCCGUGACCACUUCACCGACCAAUGCCGACUACAACAUCGUGACGACACCGACUGCUGGCAGCAGCAGCAGUAGCCCCCCAACGUCGGAGAAGACGUUCGUGCUCUCCCUCGUGCUCUUCGAAGCCGUGUGUCUGCUCCUUUUCGGUCUAAAGUUCGACAUGCCCAGUCCCGAGUCCAUGGACGCUGCCACCAGCAGCACGUUGAGCUCCUACCCCAUGUACAUGGACGUCCACGUCAUGAUCUUUGUUGGCUUUGGCUUCCUCAUGACCUUUCUUCGGAAAUACAGUUGGAGUGCUGUCGCCCUCACUUUUCUCCUUGGUGUCUUGUCGCUUCAAUGGGGGAUCGUCAUGGUGACAAUGGCCCACCAGAUCCUAGGCAACCACUACUCGACCAAGGUCCUUGACAUCCCUGCUAUGAUCAAUGGGGACUUUGCUGCUGGCGCUGUCCUCAUUAGCUUUGGUGCUGUCCUUGGGAAAAUCACGCCGACCCAACUCGUCUGGAUGACGUUCUUCGAAAUAAUCUUCUACGCAAUAAAUGAGUACAUUGUGUACGUCACGCUAGCUGUCACUGACGCGGGCGGAUCCAUGGUCAUCCACACGUUCGGCGCUGUCUUUGGCCUCGCCGUGACAAUUGUACUCGGUGUCCCGUCUCUGCGGGAUCAACUGCACAAUACGUCCGUGUACCACUCGGAUGUUUUCGCUAUGAUUGGCACGCUCUUUCUAUGGAUGUACUGGCCUUCGUUUAACUCGGCUAUGGUCGCUGAAGAGGGAUUUCAGAAAGAACGGGCCGUCAUAUCGACGGUCUUGAGCAUAGCAGCGUCAUGUGCUUCGGCUUUUGCCGCCUCGAAGAUCUUGAGUCGUAGCAAGAAGUUCGACAUGGUACAUCUCCAGAAUGCCACACUCGCGGGCGGGGUGGCGAUGGGUACAACUUGUAACCUCGCAAUCAGUCCAGCUGCUUCCAUUACAAUUGGUCUCGUGGUCGGCAUCGCGUCGGUUCUCGGGUACCGCUUCGUGAGUCCACGAUUGGAACAGAUCGUGCGCAUGUCCGACACGUGUGGCAUUCUCAAUUUGCAUGCCAUGCCAGGCGUCGUCGGGGGCUUUGCUGGAGCUCUUGUCACUUUUUCUGCUUCGGAUGAUUACUAUGGAGACAGUCUCACGUCCGUCUACGCAGCUCGGGCGUACCGUUCUGCAACGGAGCAAGGCUGGUACCAACUUCUCGCGAUCGUGUCUUCGAUGGGGAUUAGCGCUGCUUCCGGCAUUGUUGUUGGACUCUUUCUGAAGUCCCCGCUCUUCCACCAGCAGAGAAUCAAGUACGACGAUGAAGAGCAUUUCCACUUGCCCGAGGUCUGCGAAGUUUGA